AUGAUAGCGUCAACGUUACCUUCAGAAAUUUUAAUAGAAAUCUUUAGUUAUCUUCAUCCAAAAGAUCUUUAUUCACUUUUAUCAGUAUGUAAACGUUAUCGUACAUUAUUAUGGUCAAAAACAUCAACGACAACUCAACAUGUAUGGCGUUCCUCAAGGAUUCGUUACAUAUUACAUCCAACUUUCGAACCACCUGAAAAUAUGUGUGAACAACAAUAUAAUUAUUUAUUAGUAGUGGUGAAUAAUGUUUAUCGCAAAGAUGCGUUAGAGAAAUGGAAAUUAUUUGAAGAAUUAUUAACUUGUUUACAACCGAUUUUAACCCCACCGACGAAUCAAAAAAUAUUUUUAGUCUCAGACGUAAUGACAAAGUUGAAUGAAUACUUUAAUAUCGAUGAACAAAAGCGACUUGAUUGGAUACAAGAAACCAAAUUAAAAGUUAUUAAUAUGACGAGAGUGCAUAAGAAAUACAAAACUCAAUUUGAUUUAAUUAGGUAUAGCGUUAAGGAAAGGAUUCAGAGAUUAAUAGAUAGAUUCAAAUUUUAUCAAGUUACCUCUACUCAAGUUUAA